AUGCUUAUUGCUCAAAGCCGUCAGAAAAGCUACGCUGAUCAGAGGCGAAAGCCUUUAGAGUUUGAGGAAGGAGAGCAUGUGUUCCUGAAAGUUACUCUAACAACUGGAGUGGGUAGAGCGAUCAAAACAAAGAAGCUGAACACUCGUUAUAUCGAUCUGUUUCAAAUUCUGAAGAGAAUUGGACAGCUUUGGAAGUAUACUCCUAAUGCUGGUCAUGUUCUGGAACCUGAGUCGGCUCAAGUAAGAGAAGAUUCGACACUGCAAGUAACCCCGGUUAGAAUUGACGACACCAGCAUCAAACGAUUGAGUGGCAAAGAGGUUUCAUUGGUGAAAGUCACUUGGAUUCGGGCUGAAAUCGAAGAACACAUGUGGGAACUUGAAUCCAAAAUGCGGAACGACUAUCCACACUUGUUCGCAGGUAGUGAAUAUGUGAUUGUGAAACAAAAUUGA